AUGGGGAAAGGCACCGACAAGCUAUACAUUACUCACUCCGAGUGGUCAUCUUCAGAUGCCUACAGCGCCAGCGUCGGUUCGAAUGCUCGUCAACGCGGCGAAGGCGCAACCCACGCGAGCUUCAAGCGACUGCCCUUCAACUUCUGCGCCGCCAGUCUCCAACCUUUUAAGAACCCCGUCUGUACCUCAGAUGGCACCAUAUUUGACGUCGAGGUCAUUGGCGCAUGGCUGGAGAAGCACAAGACCAACCCGGUCACUGGCGAGCCGCUCGCCGCCAAGGACCUGAUCCGCCUCAACUUCUCACGCAACGCCGACACCACCGAGAAGGACGAUCGCAAUGGCGUGUCAUCAGAUGGCAAGGGCGACUUUAUCGAUCCGGUUACGUUCAAAGUGCUUACCGACAACACGCACAUCGUGGCGAUCAGGCACGGCACCUACGCUAAUGUCUUCGCCUGGGAGACGGUCGAGCGCAUGAACAUCAAGGCCAAGUCGUGGCGGGACCUGGUAGACGACGUCGAGUUCAGCCGCAAGGAUAUCAUCACGCUACAAGACCCACAGAACGCUGCCAGCCGCGACCUCAGCCAGUUCAAGUACCUCCAGGAGGGGCAAGACGCUCUCCUCACAAAAGAGCAGGCCGAGCAGCGCGAACAGGGCGGCAUCAACAUCGACGCGCUCGGCCGGAUGGGCGACAAAGUACUCCGCGCCAAGGAAGCUGUCGAGCGCGCCCGCCAGGCCCGCGCAAGCGGCGGCGACGUCAACCGCACCAAAACGCUGAGCACCACCAAAUCUUCCGCCCCGACUUCCCGCGCCCCAUCCAUUCUCGAAAAAAAACUGGCCCCCAACGCCGCAGCCUACACCACUGGCCUCGCUGCCGCCUCCUUCACCUCCACUGGCCUAACACCCUCCACAUCCGGUGAGCGCGCCGUCCUCUCCGACGAGGAAUGGAUGCUGCACCCCCGACGAAUCAAGCACAAAGGCUACGCCCGACUCGACACCAACCUCGGGCCCCUCACCCUCGAACUACACACCGACACAGCCCCCAAAGCCGUAUGGAACUUCCUGCGGCUCGCCCAGCGCGGCUACUACCGCGGCGUCUCCUUCCACCGCAACAUCCGCAACUUCAUGAUCCAAGGCGGCGACCCGACCGGCACCGGCCGCGGCGGGCAAAGCAUCUGGGGCAAGACCUUCGCGGACGAGCUCGAAGGCCCUUACAUCCACGACGCGCGCGGGGUGCUCAGCAUGGCCAACAAGGGCCGCAACACCAACUCCUCCCAAUUCUUCAUCACCUACCGCCCGGCCAAACACCUCGACCGCAAACACACCGUCUUCGGCCGCAUCGUCGACGGGGCCGACACCGCCAAGACCCUCGACGCCCUGGAGCGCGCCCCCGUCGCCGACGACGGCUCCAACCGCCCGCUGGCAGACCUGCGCAUCGAGGACGUCGUUGUGCUGAUCGAUCCGUUCGAGGAGUUUUUGAAAGAAAAGAGCCUGCGCGAGGCCGAGGUCAAGAGCAAAGAGGAGGUGAGGCGGCAAGGGGGCACCGAGGACGAUCGCACGACGUGGACGGGCAAGAGGAUUCGGGAGGAUGGGGUGGUGGAGGAGGAUGCGAAGGCCAAGGGGGUGGGGCGGUACUUGAAGGGGGUUGUUGCGCAGCAGCAGCAACAACAGGAGGAGGAUGGGGAAGGGGGGGCGAGUGGUGGUGGUAGUAAUGGUGGGCAGGUGGUGGAGACGUGGGAGGAGCCGGUGAGGAAGAAGGUGAAGACGGGAGGGUUCGGGAAUUUUGAUGCUUGGUGA